AUGCUAUUGCAUUCUUGGAAUUUCGCGCUCGUAUUUUACUGUACUUGCUUAUUACUUUCAUUUACUGCACACAAUGUUGUUCAAGCCGACUUGUUCCAUGUAGGAGAUAGAAAAGUUCGUGAAAUGGGAGAUCUCAAAUGGAAGAACGAUAUGAAGUCAUUUAAUAGCCUGAAUUCGGCGCGUGAAAAGUCAUUACUUGAUAUAGGAACAACCACCAUCGUAAAUGCUAAAGAAACAUUUUCAAGAAUUGACACAGACGAUCAAAGAUCUUUUGUUCUCAGUUUUUUAAUGAUAAUAGUAUCAGAAAUCGGCGACAAAACCUUUUUAAUUGCUGCGAUAAUGGCAAUGAAGCAUUCACGCCUAUUGGUGUUCUCGGCAGCAUUUUGUGCAUUGAUAGUGAUGUCGGUGCUUUCAGCGACUCUUGGACAUGUAGUACCAAAUUUGAUACCACAAAUUUAUACGAAUUACAUAGCGGCUGUACUGUUUCUUUUCUUCGGGAUUAAGAUGGUGUCUGAGGGAUGGAAUAUGUCGCCCGAAGAGGCAAAUCAGGAAUUGGAAGAGGUCACGGCAGAAUUAAAAGAAAAAGAGGAAGCGCAACUUAUGGCUGCUGUUGAAAAGGGUGGUGUGCCGGAUGUUAAGAGUAGUGGUGGAUUGGAGGGAUUACAGAAUUUAUGUCAGCUUCUUUUUUCGCCCGUUUUUGUGCAGACUUUUGUUCUUACUUUUCUUGGUGAAUGGGGAGAUCGAUCACAGAUUGCCACCAUUGCUUUAGCAGCUGCACAGAAUGUAUAUUUAGUGAUGUUUGGAACGAUAAUGGGACAUAGUAUGUGCACUGCUCUUGCGGUAAUUGGUGGUCGAAUGCUGGCGCAAAAAAUAUCAUUGAGAACAGGUAAACUAUAG